ACCAGUAGUGUCAAACAGUAUCGCUCAGAAGCUACAACACUGUUCACUGCGCACUGUAUUCAAACAAACAUUUUUUAAAAUUGAAUCAAAAGAAAAAUAAGCUCUAGAUCUCCAACUGAAAAGGAAAAGCUACAAACAGCUGUGAGACAUGGAGAGCGACAAUCUGAAGAAUGACCAGAAUCCACCUCCCUACAGCCCACACUACUAUCCCCAGAAUCCAGCGCCCACACAGGGUUUCUAUGUUGGCCAGGGGAACAUCGCCGUAGUGACCCCGGCUGGUGACUAUGACGACAUGGGGAAUCCCAUGGACAGUCACUCCUCUGCUCCACCCGAGUACUCCCAGGGCUUUGAGGACCAGGACACCUUCCAUUUCUCUGAUGCAGCUAUCCGGAGAGGCUUUGUAAGAAAAGUCUACUUGACAUUGAUGGUUCAGCUGCUGAUCACUGUUGGAAUAAUCUGUGCAUUUUUAUACUGGAAUGAUCUCAAGCAUUGGGUUCAACACAAUAGUUGGUUUACAUAUACAAUGAUGGGACUUGUGUUCGUUCUGAUCAUAGUGCUCUCUUGUUGCGACAAUGUACGUCGGAAGGUCCCACUAAAUUUUAUCUUCCUGGGACUAUUCACCAUUGUGGAAGGCUUCAUGCUGGGCUCAGUGACAGUGUUCUAUGAGGCUGAAGCUGUACUCUGGGCUAUAGGGGCCACAGCUCUGGUGUCCUUCGCACUGAGUGUGUUUGCUAUGCAGUCAAAAUGGGAUUUCACUGCAGCCAGUGGGGCCAUGUGGGCAAUUGGCUGGACACUAAUAUCAUUUGGAUUGCUGUGUGCAAUUUUACGGACACAGUAUUUGUACAUUGUAUAUGCCUCAUUGGGGACUCUGGUCUUUUCAAUUUAUUUGGUGAUGGAUACACAGCUAAUGCUGGGCGGAAAACACAAAUACAGCAUCAGUCCAGAAGAGUAUAUCUUUGCUGCUCUGAACCUGUACCUUGAUAUAAUCACACUGUUCCUCCUUUUACUACAGCUUAUUGGAUUCAGCCGCUAGUACUGGGCUACCUUUGAUUCCUGUUUAAUCAUUGUACCAAGCACUGAUUCCUACACUACCAUACACCCAGCAACAAUGCCCUUACACCCUGCUCUGAUACAUGUACUACCUUACAUCCAGCACUGACUUCUGUACUACCUUACACUCAGCUAUGAUUUCACUACUGCUGACACCUGUUGUGCAUUCAAACCUAGUGCUGAUGUGUAUGUUUUGUUUGUGUGUGUGUGUGUGUGUGUGUGUGUGUGUGCCUGCACUCAUGCGUGCAUGCACAUGUUUCUGUUUAUAUUUUAUUUAGCUGAAUUUUCUGUGAUAGCAGAUAUUAUGUUUUGGUGCAGUACAUAUGCCUAAUUAAUGUCCAAUGUGGACAUGCUUUAAAGUGAAAAUAUUAAUAAAAUAUUUUCACUUUAAAGCAAAGAAAAAAGUUCUUGCUGACAACAUAUCAGAGAAUUCUGGAAUCUGGGAAUAGUUCAGUUUUCACAUAGAAUUUGAUUUUUUAAUGUCUACUUGAUUUUUUUUCAUGUGAAAUAAAUCACCCAUAGUGAAUGGAAUUAUGAUUCUUUAAAAGUGUAUUAUAAACAAUUGUGCAAAUGAUCAUUUAAAAUUGUAACAUAUUGUUAAUUAUGUUUAUUUGCAUACAGCUUUGAAAAUAAAAACGUCAGUUUUCCCCACCUUGGGAUUA